CACAAUUUCAAUUUGUGCUUUUUUAUGGUAAAUGGAAACGCAGCUAAUGUUGGUCUGUGUGGAAGAAACCAUCCGCUGAAGGUGACAGAAUCAGGAGCGUUUGGACCAGGAGGAGAAGAAUCCAACAGGCAGAAACAGAUGCUUCAUGUUGUCGGCCAUGUUGGUCCUCACCCUGGUAUGCAGACAGCUGGUCACCAACAACACGGCCCCCGCAGCCCACAUGGCCCCGUCAUGUGAGGGACGUUUAAACUUUAAAUGGCCUCGGUGGACAGCUGUCCUCCGACCCACAGAGGGGAGCGGGUCAGAAAUGUUCUGCUGUGAAAGCUGCACCGCCUCAGUCUGAUCCAGCCAUGGGCGCCUUCAUCGCCAAGAUGCUGCUGCCCACGGCCAGCAGCCUGGUGUUCCUGCCGGCCGCCAGCGUGGCGGCCAAGAGGGGCUUCCACACCGAGGCCAUGGUCUACUUCUUCACCAUGUUCUUCACCGCGAUCUUUCAUGCGUGUGACGGUCCAGGCCUGUCCAUCCUCUGCUUUAUGAGGUACGACAUCCUGGAGUACUUCAGCGUUUACGGCACGGCGCUCUCCAUGUGGGUCACGCUCGUAGCUCUGGGAGACUUUGACGAGCCGCAGCGCUCCACCAUAUCGAUGUUUGGAGUGCUGACCAUCGCCGUGAGGAUCUACCAGGACCGCUGGGGCUACGGGAUCUACUCUGGACCAAUCGGAUCAGCCGUCUUCAUCAUCACCAUCAAAUGGCUGCAGAAGAUGAAGCAGCUGAGGGCCGUCUACCCGGACAAGAGCGUUUACACGCAGCAGGUCGGUCCAGGCUGCUGCUUCGGCGCCCUCGCUCUGAUGCUGCGCUUCUACUUUGAGGAGUGGGACUACGCCUACGUCCACAGCUUCUACCAUCUGUCUCUGGCCGUGUCCUUCGUGCUGCUGCUGCCCAAGAAGAACCGCUACGCCGGGUCGGGAGAAAACGCCGCAAAGAUCACCUGCUUGACGCUCUGCUGCUGCACAAUGUCGCCGGGUUCUUCCAAAGAAAAGACGAACAAACCACAGAAGAAGAAGUCGUCUCGGUCGGUGUGGCGACUCCCCACGGAGAAGCUGUGGCCCCGGGGGUCGGGCACCCCCACCCUGCCGGUCUGCGCCCCCCCGCCCUCCCCGCCGGUCAAAGGGACGAGCGUCAGCAAGCUGAAGGAGCUGAACGGCUGGAAGUGAAGCGGCGGUCAGCCGGGCGGGCCGGCGGCGCUGGAUCGGCACCAAGCGGCUGUCAGGACUCAGGAAACCGACCCGCAUGUGGAUUUUCC